UGCUGCUCCGCUAGCUCCACCUCGUCGCUGCGCUGCGCUUCUCCCGCCAUCUCCACCUCCUCGGCCAUGGCCGCCGUCGCCGCCACCGCCGCGGUCGCGUUCCGCUCCCUGAUACACCCCGCCGCCGGCGCCGUCGAGCGCGCACUACCGCCGCCUGCUCACGUGCGGUUCCAGGGCCUGCAACGCCGCCGCGUCGGCCUUCGUCUCUUCGCCGCCUCCGGUCGCCGCCGCCCCAUCCUGCUUCCGCCCACCGCCGCGGCCGCUGAUGGUGGGGAGUUCUCUUCGUCGUCGAAGGAGUACGCCGACGACGACGACGAGGAGGAGGAGGAGGAGGGAGCUGGAGGGGAGGAGUACGUGGAGGAGGAGGAGGAGCAAGACGAAGAGGGGGAGGAGGUGCGGGCGGCGGCGCCUCGCGGCUACUACCCUCCAAGAAGCCGGCCGGCGCCGGGGCAAGAGGCCGGCCGCCUCUUCGUCGGCAACCUCCCCUACUCCAUGACCUCCGGCGAGCUCUCCCAGGCCUUCUCCGAGGCCGGCAGGGUCGACAACGUCCAGAUAAUCUACGACAAGGUCACCGACCGGAGCCGCGGCUUCGCCUUCGUCACCAUGGCCACCGCCGAGGAGGCCACCAAGGCCAUCCAGAUGUUCGACGGCGCCCUGCUGGGCGGCAGGACGGCGAGGGUGAACUUCCCGGAGGUGCCGCGAGGCGGCGAACGGACGGCGGCGGCGGCGGCGAGGGGGAGCAGCAGCCGGCGCGACGACGGCACGUACAAGAUCUACGCCGGGAAUCUCGGGUGGAGCGUGCGCGCCGACUCGCUGAGGGCGGCGUUCGAGGGGCGCCCCGGGCUGCUCGACGCCAGGGUCAUCUUCGAGCGCGACACCGGCCGCUCCAGGGGCUUCGGCUUCGUCUCCUUCGCCACCGCGCAGGAUGCACAGGCUGCGCUGGAGGCACUGGAUGGAGUGGAACUAGAAGGGAGACCACUCCGGCUCAGUAUGGCCGAACAAAACCCACCAGUUGGCUCUCCUAGCACAGUACAGUCACAGCAGGAAGAAACUGCUUCAGAAUCAUCUGAAGCAGAGACAGAACAGGACAUUACUUCAGAACCUUCUCAAGCUGGGAUGGAAGAAAGCAACUUGCAGACAGCUGCUAGUUAUUAGCACCUAAUUGAUGGCU